GCUGCGCGUCUGCUUCUCCUUCUCGUGUUUCUCCUGCCGCCCUAAUCCCGCCUCGGCCAUGAGGGAAAUCGUGCUCACGCAGACAGGGCAGUGCGGGAACCAGAUCGGCGCCAAGUUCUGGGAGGUGAUCUCUGACGAACAUGCCAUCGACUCCGCUGGCACCUACCACGGGGACAGCCACCUGCAGCUGGAGCGCAUCAACGUGUACUACAACGAGGCCAGCGGUGGCAGAUACGUGCCCCGCGCUGUGCUCGUGGAUCUGGAGCCGGGCACCAUGGACUCUGUGCGCUCGGGGCCCUUCGGGCAGGUCUUCAGGCCAGACAACUUCAUCUUCGGUCAGUGUGGGGCCGGAAACAACUGGGCCAAGGGGCACUACACAGAAGGCGCGGAGCUGAUGGAGUCAGUGAUGGACGUUGUCAGAAAGGAGGCUGAGAGCUGUGACUGUCUGCAGGGUUUCCAGCUGACCCACUCCCUGGGUGGGGGGACUGGGUCUGGGAUGGGUACCCUUCUCAUCAGUAAGAUCCGGGAGGAGUACCCAGACAGGAUCAUAAACACAUUCAGCAUCCUGCCCUCGCCCAAGGUGUCGGACACCGUGGUGGAGCCCUACAACGCCACCCUCUCAGUCCACCAGCUCAUAGAAAACGCGGAUGAGACCUUUUGCAUAGAUAACGAAGCGCUAUAUGACAUAUGUUCCAGGACCCUAAAACUGCCCACACCCACCUAUGGUGACCUGAACCACCUGGUGUCUGCUACCAUGAGUGGGGUCACCACGUGCCUGCGCUUCCCGGGCCAGCUGAAUGCUGACCUGCGGAAGCUGGCCGUGAACAUGGUCCCGUUUCCCCGGCUGCAUUUCUUCAUGCCCGGCUUUGCCCCACUGACCAGCCGGGGCAGCCAGCAGUACCGGGCCUUGACUGUGGCUGAGCUUACCCAGCAGAUGUUUGAUGCUAAGAACAUGAUGGCUGCCUGUGACCCCCGUCACGGCCGCUACCUAACGGCGGCUGCCAUUUUCAGGGGUCGCAUGCCCAUGAGGGAGGUGGAUGAACAAAUGUUCAACAUUCAAGAUAAGAACAGCAGCUACUUUGCUGACUGGCUCCCCAACAAUGUAAAAACAGCCGUCUGUGACAUCCCACCCCGGGGGCUAAAAAUGUCGGCCACCUUCAUUGGGAAUAAUACGGCCAUCCAGGAACUCUUCAAGCGUGUCUCAGAGCAGUUUACAGCAAUGUUCAGGCGCAAGGCCUUCCUCCACUGGUACACGGGCGAGGGCAUGGAUGAGAUGGAAUUCACCGAGGCUGAGAGCAACAUGAACGACCUGGUGUCUGAAUAUCAGCAAUAUCAGGAUGCCACGGCCGAGGAGGAGGAGGAGGAGGAGUAUGCUGAGGAGGAGGUGGCCUAGAACUCUCCUUUUCUAGGUAAAGGGGGGAAGCAGUGUGGAUUCUUCACUGUGUUCUGACAGCCAUGUGUCACUAUGCGCUUGUUAAUUUGUGUCUUCACAUCUUCUGCUGCAUUUUAAAGCAUUUCUAUAGUGUACAGUUUUGACUAAUAAAGUACUCUCACAGCAUCUGGUUUCACCUCCAUCUUCUUUCCAUGGGCCCUCUGGCUACUGCUGCCAGAUGCGCAUAGUUGUCCUUCAAGGCGGAAGCUGUCUGGGUUUAUCACAUGCCCAGGAACAAGCAUUCCAGUGGCUCCAGAAGGGCUCAGCAUGGGCUGUGGACAUGGCAGGCAGGCUUCACAUGAACUUGGGGAUGCCCUGGGCCUUGGGCAGCGACAUGGUGGAAAACCUGUUCCUGAAGGCAAGCCUUAGCUUAUCCCAAGUACCAAACUUCUAGGGGACCAGCUGGCCAUGUUUCUGGAAUUUUAAAAGGGGUCAGUGAACCCUGGUGGACAGUGUCCCCAAAGUCCCAUCUCGGGGUAGGAAUGUGGUCAGACGGCUGGCUCUGAACCAGCAAUGAAGGGUGGGCAAGUGGGUCCCCAGCCACUCCAUCACCACGAUGGCCUGGGUGUGUUUGUGUGGCCUCAUUCUCUUAAUGAGGUGGGUAUGGGAUAUCUGGCAGGGACUAGGCAGGAGUCAAGCCCAGUGUCUGCUAACAUGCACUGAACCCUAUGUAGAAGGGGAUUACGUCCUGGGGCCGUAGAUGGUGGUUGCUGGGCCAGUGACAUGCACUGAACCCUAUGUAGAAGGGGGUUAGGUCCUGGGGGUGGUAGAUGGCAGUUGCUGGGCCUGUGUGCUCAGGGCAGUCCCUCCAAAGGCACAGAUGGGGUUUCUGAACAGGACCUGGGGAGACAGGCAGGUGCGCACAAAUGCUGCUUCCCCCAACUGGCAACCAGUGAGAAAAACGCCUGAGUGGAGGUCUGACCUGCCCCAGUCUGGAGGGCUGAUGCUCUUUGGAAAGGUGGCUAAUGCAUACUGUCUGCUGUCUCCCUGUCCCCCACUCCAAAACUUCAGGGCAAAAAUAAUCCAAGAUUGUCAGGAUGAGCCUGGUGAGGGUGGCACCUUUGGGGACAGGCCCUUCAGCCUGGCAAAGUCUCCUCCCCAGGCUUCUUGGGGAGCCUGGACUGCAAAAGCCUGCUUUGGGGAAGCUGUCAAAUGAGAGCUGUGUGUGUGAGCUGGGUGCUGGGCAGCAUGCACGGACAGUGUUCUUCUCCCUGGCUCUUGUAGAACUUGUCCAUGGCCUGUGUGAUGGUCUCUUGGUAAUUCCCACCCCCACCCCCAGCCCUAUCGCACAGAUAAGAUGAAGCCAGCAUUGCCUGGGUGUGGGCAGAUGUACAGGUUCUACUCCAGGUCCCCUGGGAAUGCCCACCUGCCUCCGACGUGUCAGGGAAAACAGGUGAGGCCCCUUCUUGUUCUCUGAAUGUUGUCAAUGGUCUAUUGCAGCCAAAUGGGAACGGGCAGGCAGGAAAGUGUCUCAUCUCGAAAGAAGUGGCUCCUAGAAGCAGCUGGGAGGUGGGAGAGGUCCCCCAUACUCGCCCAACCUGUUCUAGGAGCAGGAAAAGGGCCUCUGUGACAGCCCCUCUCAGUGGCUGUCACUGUCUGAGGGGUGUCCUUGCCCAACCCAGGUGAGCACCCAUCUGAGAUGGUCUUGCAUGGACCUGGUUAGGAAGGUUCAGCUUCAGCAACCACCGGAACCUGCCCACACCUGGUGUCUCCACUCACGCGUGGGGCUAGAUGUUCCUCCCUCCUGUAGUGGUACAGCCAGACUGGCAGAGGGGGCAAGCACCGCUGCAGUUCCCACCUGGGUCUGAGCGGGAGGGGUGGGGGGUCAGGCUUGGUGCCCAUGUAUUUCCCAACUACCUGGUUCCAUGUGGGGGCUUCAUGGACAGGAGUGGUGCUUUUCCAGGCCUCUUUUCCACAUGCCAGCUAUAGGCCCAGGUUUCCCAAGUUUCUGGAGCCCCUCUUCCAGCCUGGCAAGCAAGUCGUGUUGUAGGGGAAGGACAUCAAGCCUACAGGCAGCAGAACCUGUCUAGGUAUGUUCUCUCCACCUGGAGGCCCCUGGUUGUUUACCUCUUUGGGUGAGAGUCAGCUUAGGAUCUCAACAUUCUUGUAGGACUCCAGAACUGUACAGACAGGGGCCCAGGAGGGAACAGGGGCUGGGACUGGCAGCUAACCAGAGUGGUGGGAGUUGUAGGGCUCAGUUUGGUCUUUCGGGGAAUUCAGGGAGGCUUGGAUUUGCUGAAGCUCUAGAUGAGCUUGGGCUUGGAUAUGGAAACAGCAUAGAGCAGGGGCCCUUCUGCACACUGGACUCUGAGUAGUUGCACCCUGGUGCAUCCACAGGUGUUCCCCACCUGGAGCACAGCUGUGGAUAGAAGCCGGGAGAGCUGUGGAGGGAAGAGGAGGAGGAGGGAGUCUCAGGGCAGCCCCAGCAUCCAGGCAGGGCCUCUGCAAGUGAGAUGCAGAUCCCGCCUGUUGGCCACUUAGCAGCUGCUCGGUCGGCUGCAGAUCACCUGUCCUCUGUUCACCAGUAAAUGGGGGUUGCAGCAGCACUUACCUUCUGGGACUCCUGCAGAUUGAAGGGGCAGCACACGCCACGUGCUGAGAAAGCGCCGAACUCAAGCAAGCUUCUCCAAGAGCACCACAUCAGAUUAACACCCAACCUGUACGGGACACCACCAAAUCUCCCCACCCCUCAUUCCAACGGAAGAAAAGGGAGUCUCUGUCCUAGGGGAGCAAGCACAGGCCUAUUUAUGCAGUGGGCACAUGGCCCAGGUGGGGGAAAGGCUCUUGGAUACAUGCUGGUUUCACCAACCAUCUGUGCGUUGGGCUUGGCCUGGACACCUGUACCCCAGGAGGCCGGCAGCCCCCUGCAUGGGAGAGGACUGGGAGGUGGGUGGGAGGGCUGAGCUUUGAGGGAAGCCAUUAU